CUUCAAUCCUUCCUCUAAGCUGGUAGCUCCAUCAAGUCGCCUACUCAUGACGCCCAUCCCAUGUCUCAGCUGCGGAUCCAAGCGACAUGCCGGACUUCAGAGCAAUGGAAGAACCAACUAUAUCGCCUCAUUCUCCUCCCCAAUAUUUGCACCACUCCUCAAGCAAUGGACUUUUGUGCUAAGCCCCUUCGUUGCUCGAGGUCCUCUAUCAACAGAACGCCACGAGGACCUCAAAGCUAAUGUGAUUUUCCUUCUUGUCUGUCUUCCGGUUUUCCUGCCAUGGAUCUUCUUUUGAGAGAAUGUCCAGUGAUGCACGGAUG